UAUUUUACAGUAAAUUGAAAAUGAAAGUGAACUCUCUAAGAAGACAGUGACAUGGACUGUCAGUCCAAGCUGGACGUUUAACGUGAGCGACGGUGGAGAGUUUGUGUAGUAAGUAAAAGCGCAGGCUCGAGUCUGAGGGGCUGAUGAACAGGAGAGUUCCACGCGUGUCAUUCCUUCAUUUACAGCUGGCAGUGUCGCUUACUCCACUCCCGUCCAUUUAACAAACAGGUGAGUAGGGCUGGCAGGAAAAGUCACAACAUACAGAAUGUAGGACUGAGGAACUUGUGAAUCGAUUGCCAUAAAAACGCGAGUGGCCGCUGAAGCUGUUCGUGUGUACGCUAGUGUGUUCGUGUUUCUGCCGUCUGGGGUCACCUGCGCGACUUCGUGCGUUCUACAGCUGUCACUGACUGAUAUGUGAGAUGGGGCGAAAUAGUUCGACUUGAAGAAGGAAGCGCAGCCCUCACUAUCGGCAACUGGCCGGUUUAACGGCGUCAACGCUUUACAGUGCGAAUGUGAGAUCAGAAGUUGGACUAUGGCUCACCUUAUCAUUUAAUCGUCCGAAGGCAGUGAUUGUACAGUAUACGGCCAACCAGCAACAUCCAAGAAGACAUUGUAAUACUCAACAAUGGCAGACACAUCGCAGGUGUGGAGUUCACCAGCAGCUAAUAAUAAGCACUAUCAGUGGAUGUUACAUGAUGGAGAUCAAUGGAUAAAUAUAAAUCAUGAUUCCAUUAUUGAAACACAUUACUGCCAACCAGGAGCAAAAGGGAUUAAAAUAUUCACCCGCGACUAUGGGAGCAUUUACCUUGAUUUUAACAAAAUGAUUAUUGAAGGGACUAAUAUGAAACUCUAUCGGAAUAUAACUUUGCGUCAGAAUGAAUCGGAGGAAUACGGCUGGUAUUUUUUUGACAGCACGCAAUGGAAGGAAUAUGGCUGUCAGUCUUCUUCAAAGGUGCAAGCUUCUGUGACAAGCGGAGACAUUGAGCAGAUAUACCAACAGAAUCCAUCUAGUUCUUGUACCUUUACUGCAGGGAGAAUGAAUUAUGAUAUUGACUUCUCAGCAAUGACUCAAACAAAUCUGCAAACCAAAAUUGAAAGAGAUGUGCGGCGAAGGCCUAAAUUGAACUCGAUCAUCCAAAACAUUAAAAAUAGCUUGCCUAAUUCUUUUCAAAAUGGGACUGGAAGGUGGAUCUGGCAGUAUAAAGGAAAUGGAGACGUGUGGACAGACUUUAAAAGUGAUGAUGUGGAAAGAGCUUACCAGCAGAACCAACAAGGUCAGCUGCAGUUCACUGCUGGUGGUCACCACUUUACCAUUGACUUUUCAGGAAUGCAUAUGUUCAGCAAUGGACUCGAAGGAAGCCUAGACAUAAGAAGAAUACCAGCUAACAACACAAACAUAUCUUCUGUAAACACUGUUACAAGCUGGAUGUGGCAGUUUAUGGGAGAGGAAGGCGUGUGGACAGACUUUCAAACAAAUAUUGCACGUGGAAGAGUAUGUUCAGUCAGCAGCAAUGAUGUUGAAAUGAGUUACCAGCAGAACCCCCAGGGUCAGCUGCAGUUCACAGCUGGCCGCUUCAGCUACACUCUCUACUUUUCUGGCAUGUAUCAGGCCAACAAUGAACUGGGGACAAAGAGAAGUGUAAGAAGAAUUUCUGUCAACAACCAGCAGAUACACACUACACCUCAGGCAUCAGGCAACUACAUUUGGGAGUUCAAGAACAUUGACGGGUACUGGACAGAGUACACACAGAACAGAUGUUCAGUGUCAAGUCAAGACAUUGAGCAGCAUUACCUGCAAAAUCCUACCGGGAUACUUCAGUUUACGGCUGGCCGAUUCACCUACAAUCUUGAUUUUACAGCUAUGACACAACAAAAUAUGAAGACACUUGCCACUCGACCAGUGCAGCGCACCUUGCUGGGAUAAUCUCCUUGCUCGGCAUCACUGAGGAGUCCUUGAUAAGAAGUUUCUCCCAUUAGUACCUUUAAGUGAC